AUGGCUGACGUGAUCAUCACAUCUAUUUUGGCCACAAUCGUGGCGCUUCUUCUAUCAUGCUCUAAGCCUGUUCGUGAGUACGUCUCGAAGGUGUACAAUACUUAUGUAAGCACCUCUAGAGCACCUACACCAGCUAGCAGCAGAAAGAAUUCAUCCACAUCAUACGGAUCCUCGGGUGAGCUUCCAAAGCCUACGCCUCUCAUGAUUACUCCUGAGCAGGUGAAAAACUACGAUGAUAGACCUUGGAGACCAUUCAGAUGGCCAUAUCACCAGACUAUGUCGAUCUUCAAGCUCGACAUCAACCACUGGUUGGACAUGGACAAGUACUACUGGCAUUAUAUCCAGGAGAAACAGAGAAUCUGGCACUCUUAUGGACGUGAGAACAUCGACUGGCUUCCCGAAUCUGAAGAUGCAUGCUUGGAGUUGAUGCAGACCGUUGCUGACCACAUGAUUGAACGUUACCCAUUGCUUUUCACUGUGUUGGUGGAUAAGAAGGAAAAAGGAAAGGUCGUGAGAAACGAGUUGACGAAGGAGAUCUUAGACAUGACGUACCCACUUAAAGACCACCCAUUGCUUUAUGUUACGAAGAUGGCCAAAGAAGACUUCUAUAUAGUGUUGAAGAACCCAGAAGACAACAUGCAUUAUUUGGUUGCUGCUGCUGUCCCAUUUCCUGGUGGCUCAUUUGGUAUUGAUAAGAAAAUCGGCAAACACUUGGAUGUCAUUCACGAUGAGGUUCCUUACUACCAGGAGAAGUUGAAGAAAUCCAUGGAGAGAUGGUUUGAGAGAUUGGAUGCUUCAAACCCCGUGGAGAGAGCUUCGUGGUACAUGACUUGGGACCACAAGUUAAAAGUCAACAACAUCUAUCAGUUGCCCAAGUUUGUUCCUAACUUGGAGGCUAAGAUGAAGUCGGCAGACCCACGCCAAUUCAAUGUGAGAGUCGAGAGACAGACAUUGCGUAGGUUGCCUCGGUCCAAGGCCAUUAUCUUUACCAACCAUCCGAUCUUCUACUCCAUUGAUGAGAUGAAGGAUGAGCCUAAUGUGCCUUCGCUCUUGAAGAAGAUCAUCUACGAGGGUCCCGAGAAGAUCAUCAAGUACAAGAAUUUUGAGUUCAUUCGCGACCAUGUAUCUGGAUACUUGGAUGAAUUAAUUCAGAGACAGAAAGAUUUGGGGAUCAUUCUGGACGAUACACCUUUGAAGACGUUGCCCACCUAUCCAUUUGCACAUUGGGCCAAGACAGACUUUGAUUAUGUCAAUGGUUGGUCGAAUCCAGCAUUUGAGAAGAAGCCUGAUUACAGAGAGCUGGUAAAUAGCGAGGAGAAGUUUGGAAACGAGUAA